AUGGCACAGCGGAUGGACACAUUUGAGGAAAAGAUGGAUGAGCUGCUCAUGCUCUUAAGGAGCUCCCAGUCACCUCCCUCUGCUCCAGUUGAUGACGUGUUGCUAUCGCCCUGCUCGACAAUCACCGAGCUGCAGGAGUUCGACAGGAGUCUUGGUCAACAGGAGAGGAGGAAGAAAAUGCCACGGGAUGUUCAGAACAGCAACUAUUACAACCCCUCCCUUCCUGCCUGCUGUGGCUUCAUUGGCCUCCUCCUGCAGGAGCUGUCACUUUGGGAGAGUCAAUCAGACAUGAAGAGCAACAACAGCCUGAAUCCUUUGUAUUUUCAGUUCACUCUGUUUGCAGAUUUUGGGCCCCUCAGAUAUCUGUUCUUCAGUCUGUGUCUGUUGUUCUACAUGACUGUUGUCUCUGCUAACAUUGUCAUUAUUCUGACAGUCUGUCUGGAGAAGUCUCUGCAUCAGCCCAUGUAUAUUUUUAUCUGCUGUCUGUCUGUUAACUCUCUGUACGGCUCAGCUGGCUUCUUCCCCAGGUUUCUGAUGGACAUUCUGUCUGACACUCAUUUAAUCUCACGUCCAUUAUGUUUCAUUCAGAUGUAUGUUAUUUACACCUAUGCAUCAUGUGAGCUGACUAUUCUGAGCAUCAUGGCCUAUGAUAGAUUUGUUGCUAUUUGCCAGCCUUUACAUUAUCACAGUAAAAUGACAUUUAAGAUGGUAACACAUCUUGUGAUUUUUGCCGUGCUCUACCCUGCAUUUGCUAUGGGUUUCAUGCUGUAUCUUACUGUUCGAUUACCGCUGUGUGGCAAUAAACUGCACAGGCUUUUCUGUUCCAACUGGCCUGUGGUUCUGCUCUCCUGUGUGGACACAAAUCUGAACAACAUAGCAGGUCGGCUUUUCACGAUAACAACCAUCUUCAUCCCCCGGUUCUUUGUCCUGUACACCUAUCUACGUAUUCUGCUUGUUUGCAGGAGAAGCUCGUCUGAAUUCAGAGGAAAGGCGUUACAGACCUGCCUGCCUCACAUCGUGACAUUCAUGACCUAUUCUUUCUCCGUCUUCUGUGAGCUGUUAUUGACUCGAUUUGAGGCUGAUAAAAUUAAUCCUAUCAUCACAGUUGUUUUAUCUUUAGAGUAUCUGAUGAUCCCCCCCAUUAAUAACCCUCUAGUUUACGGCCUGAGUCUGCCUCAAAUCAAAGGAGUAAUUUUUAGAUUGUUGAAGAAGAUUCCUGCUCCAAAAAUGUAA